GUCAAUAAGCACUCUUUAACUAUCAUGCUUGGGUCCUUGUGACUUGCAUGUAAGUGACACGGUAGACUUCUGAGCCUUCCCAAGCUCUCGUUUCCUUAUAGUUAGAGCAACCUUUCAGAAGCUUUCCAUCUUUUAGGCAAAAAUCUGAACUCUUCUUGUGCCUACCUGGCUCCCAUCAGUCUGGACAGGGGCCCUCCACUUCAAUCACUUUGGCCUUAAAUUUCUAAGGGCACAGGACCAUUUGACAAGACAUUCCUUCUGACUGGCAUCCACUUAUCUGUGCUGCUGAGCAAAAUCCUACCCAUCCUUCAGGUCUUCCCUGACCCAACACACUAGGUCUGGUUCUCUUUUCAUAAUCUCUCACGGCAUCCUGUAUAUUUUUCUUGUAAUAUCUAGGAAAAUGGCAAUUGGAAAAAAAAACUGGGUAAUUACUGAAUGCCUGCUUCCCUGGCUCUUAAGAGUAAGAUCCAAGUGGGACAGUGUUUGUCUUGUUCAUUGAACCCACAGCUCAGCACAUAUUUGGCACAAAUAUAUAUUUGUAAAGUGAGUAGAAGAAAGAAUUACCAGCUACCAGCUGAAGAGGAAAUAAAUACCCAUCUUUUGGGCAUUGACUAGACCUGCUGGUUGUGGAAGGCCUGCCCAGACACACAGAGAAUGCUGCAACAGCUUGGCAGAGCAGUUAGCAAACCAUAGAAUAAUCGAAUAUACCCAUAUGUGUUUUUCUCCUACAAUUUUUAAGUGAUUAGCAAAUGUUCUGAAUCCAAUUUUAACAGUGCUAACCAUAUCGAUCAAAGAAAUUUCAGCUCAGAAUACUGAGAGCCAAAGUCAAGAACAUACUGGUUUGGGUGACAUUGUGUUAGUCUCCCAAGUGUACAACUGUGGCUUAUCAUUGUUCACGUUUAGUUGUGUUGCCCCUUUUAUUUUAAUUUUUACUUCUUGUUUUAUCGUUUCUUAUUCAUUCCUCGAAACAGUCUUAUGGGGAGAGCUGUUCCCAUGGACGAUGAAGAAACACUUCCUCUUUCAAAGUCUCUAUUUUUUGAACGCUAUGAAUUGCCAAAGAGGAAGCAAUCAAACCUAUCGAGCGAGCGUUCCCUGCCCUCCGCCCUGCUUCCUGGUUUUAAAAUGCCUUUGGAUCCUCCGGUACAUGUGAAGAUUUUUUGGCCAUUUAGCGUGGAAGCCAUUGAUCCCCUGUGCUCAUUUCUGCGUGUUCUGUGUUGGCGAGGGAGAGCGCCCAAAUGAGCAAGCUGUCGCAGCAGAACAGUACUCCGGGAGUGAACGGGAUAAGCGUCAUUCACACUCAGGCACAUGCCAGCGGCUUGCAGCAGGUCCCUCAGCUGGUGCCCGCUGGCCCUGGGGGAGGAGGCAAAGCUGCAGCUCCAAGCAAGCAAAGCAAAAAGAGUUCACCUAUGGAUCGAAAUAGCGAUGAGUAUCGGCAGCGCAGGGAGAGGAACAACAUGGCUGUGAAAAAGAGCCGGUUGAAAAGCAAGCAGAAAGCACAGGACACACUGCAGAGAGUGAAUCAGCUCAAGGAAGAGAACGAACGUUUGGAAGCAAAAAUCAAAUUGCUGACUAAGGAACUAAGUGUCUUAAAAGAUUUGUUUCUUGAGCACGCGCACAACCUUGCAGACAACGUGCAGCCCAUUAGCACUGAAAGCACAGCCACAGAUUCCAGUUCCGGACAGUAGACCUUGCCCUCUCCACAAGACUCCACAGCUUGUGGUUCAAACGUUAAGAGGAUGUGACCUCCCGCAGCACUCGUCCCAGUAGGUGAAGGUUGUCUUGUCCAUUAUUCAAAGACACAGUGGAGGUGGUUAUUUUUAGGACCAGUACUGAGAGUUGAUUAGCUAAACAUGUUAAACUUGUAAUUCAAAUGUCUGGUUUUAAAUGAUACAGCUUUUUGUGGGGAUAAAGAAGCAAACAUUUUAAAGAUACAUGGUAAAAAAUUAUCCUGGACCCUGAUGUUUGUAAUAAAUCUUGACUUCCUGAGAAAUUCUUCUUUUUCAAAUUGGGGAAAAGAAAUGGACAACCGGCAGGUUGUGCUGAAGGUUCUUGGCUGUAACGGGGAUGGUGAGUGGGAUUACAAAAAGUUGAAUGCCAUCUGUGUGAUCUAUUUGUGACUUUAUUCUAAAUUAUGUAUCAUUAAGUCCUUAGAGCUGUAGAAACCAAUCACUUUGUAACUUGAAGUGAUUUUAUGUAUAAACUUUUAUCUUAGCAUAAUUAGGACUGGUUCCCCCAAGUACAAGUUUUUGAAUUGUGAUGUCAGUUGAAGGAAACUCAUCAAUCAUAUCUUAAAGUCAGGAUACAGCCAGUUGACUUCAAAUAACAUUGAGAAAGAAAUAGGUUUUAUUAGAAAAUAAAAGUAAAGCAUAUUACAAUUAUUGGGUUGGGAUACAUGUGUGUUAUUAGAUUGACAUUAUUUUGUCUUUAAAAAAAGCUCAGUGAUUUAGAGAAGCUUCUGUACCAAGCCUUCAGUUUCUGCAGAUGCUAGUAGAGUAAGCAUUGUUUUGAAUAGUUUCGACAUUCAGGUUAGUAAACAAAAUGUCUUAGCAGUUUGAUGACACAUGCUGAUUGGGAUCUGGAAUAUUAAUUAACUCAGCAGGUAAUUUUCUCUUGUGUUCAAAAUAACUGCCAUGGGGCUAUGAGUUUUAAAGGCAAAGGUUUCUUGUAAAGGAUCAUUUGGUAUUUGAUCUUAACCAAGUGAUCAUUAGAAAAAUCAACUCCAUGCCAUCUCCCAAAAUUACUGUUUAAGAAAACUUGAAAGUGUAAGGUUUAACCUUUAAUUUAUUCACUUAAAUACAUCUUUUUAUAUUGUUUUUAUUAUACAUCUCUUUCUCUGGCUAGUGGACCGUUCUUCUAGACUUUAUAUACCACUGCUUCUGCUUAGUCAUGUGCUUUUAUGUACCAUAAAUUAUUUUAGAAAGAAAAUGCUGAUAAAACUCAGGAUAUUGACAUUUUUUGUUCAGACUACAUAGCAGUCACUCAAGUAGGGAGUCUAGAGUCUGGCUUGUAUCAGUGUUGGUAGUUCAGAUUGUCAACUUUUUUCCUUUUUGUAGUACAGUUCUAGCUCAAAUUUGUUGGCUUUAGUUCUUUGUGCCUGGGCUGGUGAUAAAACUGAUUAAAAGUUUGUCACCAGGCAUCUCAUUUGGUCACGUUUGACCACAUUGCCCUUUCAGACUAGGAUUUGGGAUAAUGUAAGCAGAAUGUAACUCACGUUGCUCCUGGGGGUGGUGGAAGAGUGCUGACUGUAUAUCCUCCUGGGCAGGAGAAGACACCGCAGUGCCCUGCAAUUCAGCAAAGCCAUUGUUAGGGUCAGGAGGCCCUGCUGAAUGUCAGACAGGAGCCCGGGGUUGUUCCAUGACAUGUUGUCCCAGGAGGGUUAUUAACACCUAUAGAGCCAAGAAAUAGGUUUCUGUUAGGGUCUAGUACUGGUUCACUUUGGUUGGAGUAUUGAUCUCCUCAUAAAGGCUGAUAAAUGUUUUGAAUAACCAGGACGUAUCACAGAAUCCUACUGAUUGAUGUUAUGUAAUUAACUUAAUCGGUGAUGCAGUUAGGUCACUUGAAUCUUUUUUUUUUUUGAGACAGUCUCACUUUGUUACCUUAGGUAGAGUGCUAUGGCGUUACAGCUCACAGCAACCUCAACCUCUUGGGCUUAAGCAGUUCUCUUGCCUCAGCCUCCCAAGUAGCUGGGACUACAGGUGCCAAACACAAUGCCUGGCUAUUUUUAGGGAUGAGGUCUCACUCUAGCUCAGUCUGGUUUUGAACUCAUGAGCUCAGGCAGUCCACCUGCCUUGGCCUCCCAGAGUGCUAGGAUUACAGGUGUGAGCCACCUCGCCCGGCCUAGGUCACUUGAAUCUUUAAGCACCUAUGAUAGAGGCUACAGACAUUUUAAUCCCUUAUUCACUAAAAAAUGUUUUUCAGAAAUUGAAAUCCCCAUGGAAUUUAUGGUCACCAAUUAUAUGAAUUGACUUAAACAUCUUGAAAAAGAAGCUUUAGGGAAUCAUCAGGGAUGUGUGCUCAAUAUUUCAAAUCAGGACACAAGGUUAGAACUUUGGGAAAACUUGAAAGCUUUUCCUGUUACCUAUGCCAAUCAAAACUUAAGCAAGCAAUCGUGCAUAGAAUAGAAUUGUUCACCAUUGUCUUACUGAAGUAGUUGAGAAUGAAAGUUUUUAGUUCGACAGAUUUUUCAGUAUAAAACUGAGGGAAACCAAGAAUAAGUUCAGAGGUUUGAGAAUUGUAAAGUGACUGUUAUAACUUAUACUCUGUGUGUCACUUAGGAGCUAUUAGGAUUUGCUCUGCCUUUGCAGACGUAUCCAGUGGUUUAGGCUUUAGUCUGCAUUUCUAGCUGCACAGGAGUCUCUGGGUGGGUAUUUUCGGCUGGUUUUGGCUGCAGGUGGUGAGAACACAGCGGCUUUUCCUGCUGCUGGCCCCUUGCAGUUACUGGGAUGCUUUGAUGUGCUUACUAAGAAGUAAUAAGACUUUAAUAAGACUUAACCAGGUUUUUGAAAUUCCAGUCAUGAGUGUGAGAUUCUCAAAUUUACAGAAAAAGUAGAUGUACAAUUUAGUAUUUGAUAUUUAAAAAAGGAAACUGUAGCAACUUUUGAUGUUUCUUAAUCUUCUGUAGAGGGCUGACGUCCCUUUGUACCUGAACCCACUUAGCACUCUUGGUGCUUUUUGAUGCCUUAGAAAUAGGAAAAGUUUUUGUUUGACAGAAGCUGGGAAGGAGGAAGUCCAUUCUGCAGCCGUCAGAGCUGCCUCUCAGGAAGAAGUGCUCACUUGUUCAUUUUGUUCCUGGCUUUCCUCAGUUUGUGAGAUUACUCUAUUUUUUUAAAUAUAAUUUUAUUUCUUUCAAUGAAUUUAAAAUAAAAAAAAAGUUUGAAACGAUGACUAUUUCACUGUGGGUUUCUUUAUAAUGGA